UGAUAUUCUGGCAUUUAAGCCCUUGUUCUACCACUUACCAGAGUCAGAUGAACUGCCAUUUUAUGUCUCUGCGGGCAGUAUGAAGGAAGUUAGCAUUGGCUUGCAAAACUACUGCUAACUUGUGUUAGCGCAAUGACUGGAAGUCUGCAGGUACAAUAGCAAUGCUACAGUAGCAUACUGCACGCAGAGACAUACAAAUGGUAUCCACAAUUUAAUCUCAUUCUGGGUAAGUACGGUUGAAGUCGGAAGUUUAUAUACACUUGGGUUGGAGUCAUUAAAACUCGUUUUUCAACCACUCCACAAAUUACUUUUUAACAAACUAUAGUUUCGGCAAGUAGGUUAGGACAUCUACUUUGUGCAUGACAAGUGAUUUUUUUCCAACAAUUGUUUAGACAGAUUAUUUCACUUAUAAUUCACCGUAUCUCAAUUCCAGUGGGUCAGAAGUUUACAUACACUAAGUUGACUGUGGCUUUAAACAGCUUGGAAAAUUCUAGAAAAUGAUGGGCUAAUUGACAUAAUUUGAGUCAAUUGGAGGUGUACCCGUUGAUGAAUUUCAAGGCCUACCUUCAAACUCAGUGUCUCUUUGCUUGACAUCAUUGGAAAAUCAAAAGAAAUCAGCCAAGAGCUGAUCUCCACAAGUGUAGUUCAUUCUUGGGAGCAAUUUCCAAAUGCAUGAAGGUACCACGUUCAUCUGUACAAACAAUAGAACGCAAGUAUAAACACCAUGGGACCACGCAGCCGUCAUACAGCUCAGGAAGGAGACGCGUUCUGUCUCCUCGAGAUGAACAUAUUUUGGUGUGAAAAGUGCAAAUCAAUCCCAGAACAACAGCAAAGGACCUUGUGAAGAUGCUGUAGGAAACAGGUACAAAAGUAUUUAUAUCCACAGUAAAACGAGUCCUAUAUCGACACAACCUGAAAGGCCACUCAGCAAGGAAGAAGCCACUGCUCCAAAACCGCCAUUAAAAAGCCAGACUACGGUUUGCAACUGCACAUGGGGACAAAGAUCAUACUUUUUGGAGAAAUGCCCUCUGGUCUGAUGAAACAAAAAUAGAACUGUUUGCCCAUAAUGACCAUAUUAUGUUUGGAGGAAAAAGGGGCAUGCUUGCAAGCCGAAGAACACCAUCUCAACCGUGAAGCACGGGGGUGGCAGCAUCAUGUUUUGGGGGUGCUUUGCUGCAGGAGGGACUGGUGCACUUCACAAAAUAAUGGCAUCAUGAGGGAGGAAAAUUUUGUGGAUAUAUUGAAGCAACAUCUCAAGACAUCAGUCAGGAAGUUAAAGCGUGGGUCUUCCAAAUGGGCCUUCCGAAUGGACAAUGACCCCAAGCUUACUUCCAAAUUUGUGACAAAAUGGUCUAAGGACAACAAAGACAAGUUAUUGGAACGGCCAUCAUAAUGCCCUGAACUCAAUCCCAUAGAAAAUUUGUGGGCAGAACUGAAAAAGCGAAUGAGCAAGGAUGCCUACAAACCUGACUCAGUUACACCAGCUGUGUCAGGGGGAAUGGGCCAAAAUUCACCCAUCUUAUUGUGGGAAGCUUAUAGAAAGCUACCCAAAACGUUUGACCCAAGUUAAACAAUUUAGGCAAUGCUACCAAAUACUAAUUAGAGUGUAUGUAAACUUCUGACCCACUGAGAAUGUGAUGAAAGAAAUACAAGUUGAAAUAAAUCAUUCUCUCUACUAUUAUUCUGACAUUUCACAUUCUUAAAAUAAAGUGGUGAUCCUAACUGACCUAAGACAGGGAAGUUUUACUAGGGAUAAAGGUCAUGAAUUGAAACACUUCAGCCAAAUGCAUUUAAACUCAGUUUAUGUAAACUUCCAACUUCAACUGUAGAACAAGGGCUUAAAUGCCAGAAUCUCCCAUUAUACCUUUAAAGCCCAUCUUUAUGGUAAUGUAUACCAGCAACAAAACCAAGAAUGGAAUUGCUCAUGUUUUAUGUAAAAUAAGUCAAUAUGUUACGAGAAUAUCCAUGAGAAAGGAAUGUUUCAACUUCUACUCACAUUUUUCACAAUUCUUCCAUGAUCUCUACCUGGCCUGAUCCAUAAUAUGCUCAACACAAACAGAAGUGGCACAGCCCCUCUGGCCUGUCUGGUGACCAUGCUGCAUUCCCAGGUGAGGGGGGACAGAGUAAAAAACAGCAUCUUCUUUAAGCUUCCUGGCAGGAUGAGUCUGUUUACCUUGAAGAAGAACGCUCUGCAGUGGACCAAGAGUUCGAAGGAGGCGGAGACAGCGGAAGCCAGCACACUGGCUACUGCUAACACAGCAACAGCAGGGCCAACGGAAGGUGCGGAGCAAGAGAGCUGUGACUCCAUGGAAACGGUUGCAGCCAGUGGAGAGAACGAUGCGUCCAUAGAUGAGAACUCGUCCAGUGCCUCAUGCUCCACAGAGCCCCAGACCAGGCUGAGUAGAUCUGGAGUCUCUGGACAGGUGCGCUCUGAGGCCCAGGCACAGACCCGACUAAGUCGAUCCAGACAGUCGAGCAGACAGAGGAAGAAGGCUGUGAUGAUGCCGCGAGUGGUCCUCACUCCACUCAAGGUCAAUGGUGAACACGUCCCAUCAGGAGCAGCGGGGAGGCGCAGGGAAGACUCUAGGGGGGGUCCAGGCCCCACGCUUCGUGCCCGCCCCGAGCUGGCUAGCUGGAAACGCCCCCAGCACUUCAAGAGCUUGCGUGGCUACCACUCAGGGCCCAUGAAGAGGAGCCGAGGCGGGGUGGAGGUGGACUUUGAAACGCCCGGCUCUAUCCUGGUCAACACCAACAUCAGGGCUCUCAUCAACAUGCGCACCUUCUCUGCCUUCCCAGCCCACUCCCAACAGCAACUCCUGCAGCUCCUCCCCGAGGUUGACCGUCAGGUUGGACCUGAUGGUCUGGCUCGCCUCAGUAACUCGGCUCUCAACAAUGAAUUCUUCACUCACGCCUCCCAGAGCUGGAAGGAAAGGCUUGCUGAGGGUGAGUUCACCCAUGAGAUGCAGGUGCGAUUCCGCCAGGAGAUGGAGAAAGAGAAGAAAGUGGAGGCAUGGAAGGAGAAGUUCUUUGAGGAGUACCACGGUCAAAAGUCUGGCCUGACCCGAGAAGAGUCUCUGAAGUUGACAAUGAGCGAAGCGGCCGAUGCUGCCACCAGCGUUUUGGACAGCAAAGUGGCCUUGGUGGCGGCGGGAACGCCCAAGCGCCGCAAUGUGGGCAGGCGGAGGCGUGAUGGCAGGAUGAGACGGCGAACGCGGGCAGACUUGAGACGCAGGGCGCAACGCACCCUCUGUAAGACCAACUCCCCUACCCUGCAGUCCUGCAAGCAGCUGGAAGGCACGCUCACUUUAGAUGCAGCUUCUGUUGCCUCUGUCCCCUUGCCCGUCCCAGAGGCCACAACGGUGCAGGGAGGAGAGGUGGUGUUACAGGCCGACUGUGAACUGGAGGAUCCGGCCCAGUGUGCCUCCCUAGAGCCCGUGCCCUGCCCUUCCCCUGUGCCUGUGCUCCCGCCUGUGACCAUGCCUGAGCCCAUGCCUGAGCCCACCCCGACCCCCAGUCCCAGCCCUGUAUCUAUCAGCGCCUCCGAUGAGCCUGAAGUCACCGCCCGCCUGCUCCCUGAAGAGCCUGCACCUGCCGUCGCCUCAACCUCCUCUCCCUCCUCCUCGUCUUCCUCCUCCUCCUCCUCGUCCUCCUCCCCUUCCUCAUCUCCCUCCUCCAACUCAGAGAGACAGGGGGGGUUCACCGCCGGCUUGGAUUCUUCCUCCUCGUCCUCUUCUUCCUCCACUGCCGCUGCUGCCACUGAUCCACUGGACGACGGGGCCUCCAUGGUCACCUCAGUCACGGGGGGCACAACCACCAGCAGCCGGGAGAGCAGCCCUGCAGCCAGCCCCGCCCCCAUCAUCGCCACCUCCGCUCAGGCCGCCAAGGAGCAGAAGAGGAGGCCAGACGAGCCCCAGGCCUUCUGCAGCUUCCCCGAAAAGAGGCCGCGAAUGGAAGAUCGUCAGUCCUUUCGUACCACAAUCGACGGGGUUCACACGGAAAAGCCGCAGCCGACAGCAGAGGAGCCCAAGGUCCCACCUAUCCGGAUUCAACUCUCCCGAAUCAAACCGCCCUGGGUCAAAGGGCCGCCAACCUACCAGAUCUGUCCCCGCAUCGUGCCCCCCGGCGAGGGCUCGCGGCGCUCAGGGACGGGGGCGCGCACCCUGGCGGACAUCAAAGCCCGCGCCCAGCAGGCCCGGGCCCAGCGCGAGGCCGCUGCUGCUGUUGCAGCCACUGGGGACGGACCAGGGCCGGGCGGGGGCAGGGCUGGUGCUGGGCUACAGGAUCGCAGCAGUGGAAGACGAACGCGAGAGCACCCAGGACCCGUCGAGCCCGGAGGAGCAGGAGACGUGGAGGAGCAGGGAUCGCCUGCGGGCUCUCAUCCGCCUGGAACACAACUACAGCAGUCUAAAUUAGAGCCCUCUACCCCCACCCCCAACACAGCUGCCUCAUCCCCCUCCCUGUCCACCUCUUCCAACCCCUCCCUGUCCUUCUCUGAGCCCCCGCAGACCCCCACUCCAUCCCCAACCACCCAGGAGGAGCGACAAGGGGAGCUGAGUGGGGAAGAGGGGACAACACCACCACCAAUCAAAGGCACCUCCAACGGACUCUCGGACAAGGCAGCGCUGCUGGAGCCUGAGUCUGUGUCCAGCCACUUCAGAGGGCGGGGCGAGGGGGACGACUGUGACAGGACAAUGACCAAAAAUGGUCCCCUGGCGCCCACCUCCAUCCCAGAUUCUCUGCCCAGGUUCGGGGCACAGGGAGUGGAUGUGAUCAGGUCCCUGGCUGGGGGAGGAGGGGGUGUCAUCCAACAUGGUUCCCACCACGUGGGGCCACAAGAGAACCCCGCCACCCCAGCCAGAGAGGGCCACAGCCAGAGCGAAAAGCAUUCGCAGCCCUCGGAGAGGGGGAGAGAUACAGCCUCCCUCCCUCGUCUCCCACCUUCAGUCAGAGAGGACGAAGCAGGGCAUCACAGCGAUUCCACGGAGACGGCCUCCGACUGCGAGAAUGAGAGCCAGGAGGAAGAGCCCCACCUGAGCAUGUGGAGCCACCGCCUGCCUGCUCAGCGCAACGGCAACAUCCAGCACCUCCAAAGGUUGUCUCAGCAGGCCCACGGCCAGCCUGUGAUCUGCAGCCCCUCUCUACAGCAGAUCCAGCAGCCGGUCAUCCAGACUCACGUGUCCAACCAUCAUGGCCACAGCCAAACGGUCAUCCAGCCCUGCUUCCCCAACGGCCUGCCCAGCCAGAGUCUCAUACAGCCAGGCCAAAAGCAGCCACAGCCUGAAUGCACUCCCCACCCAGACCAACAGACUCUUGCUGCGCCACACUCUCAAACCCAGAGAGGGCACAAAACGGACCCAAUGGAUGACUACAAAGCGUCCAGCCGGGGCUCGGCUGAGGAGAACUGUAGGCUGGGGCUGAAGCCUUCUCCCAUGCACCCCACUGCUGGCUCCAAGAGGCUCCCUAGUUCGGCCCGACCUGUGUCCACAGUGGAGGCCAACAAUCCUCUGGUCACCCAGCUGCUUCAAGGCAGCCUCCCGAUGGAGAAAGUCCUGCCGCAGACGCACUCGUCCAGCAAGCUAGAGAUCAACCGCCUGCCAGGGGGGCCCCAGCCAGCCCCCCAGUCCCAGCUCAACUGGCAGCAACAGACCAGGUCUCCGGGCCUUCGCUUCAGGGGCCCCACAGAGGCCCAUACGGGGGAGUCGUCUGAGUUGUCCUCUCAAAACCAGCAGAAGUCCCCUGUUGGCCGAGGAGGCUCCCCUGGAGCAAGCCGGAGCUUCGGGUCCUCUCCCCUGGGCACAGUGCCCUCCCGCAUGGCCUGCCUGCUGGAGGAGGCCUCCUCUCGGGCCACAGCCAUGCAGCAGUACCUGUCCCAGCAGCCAGGUGGCUCUGUGCCCCUCGGGGCCGUGCCCGUCAUCACAUCCCUCUCUUCAUCCUCUUCCGCCAGACGGAACUCCCAAGAGUCGGCCGUUAUCAGAGAGUCUCCAGAGAGGCACCACAACAACAUUGCUCAGCCCCGGGCCACCCCUGACCUCUGCCCCUCUGAGGUGGUCCCCACUGUCAAGAUAAACUGGCACCCUUCCAAACCCCACCCCCCGCACCAACAGCAGCUCUCGCCCGCACUCAAUGUGAAGAGCGAGGUUUCCUCCCGGCCCUCUUGUCAAGCUCUUGCCAAAACCUCCCCCUCUGGCCCCAUGGUAUGUGGUGGGCCAGGUGUGGUGGUCACCAAAAAGGAGGCAGUGAACUCUAUGGACGGUUACCUGGCUGGAGGAGUUGGGGCUAUGGAGGGACUGCUGAACAUGGAGAUGUCUUUAGCCCGCAUGGCUAAGAAGGAGGCGCAAAGCAAAGCUCAAUACUCUUCCACCUCCCCCUCUUCAUCUUCCUCUUCGAUCUCCUCCCUCCCUUUCCAGCUCUACGGUAAGCUGCCCAAGCAGGGCGGGGGCAGCGGUGUGUCGGCCCCCGGCUUCAGCUACACGGCCAACGUGUCUGUGGUAGACGGCAGCGGCUUCUCGAGGAGCAUCGCCGAUGGUGUCCUUCAGCUGCGUCAGCGCCACAGUGCCAGCCAGAGCGCCACGCUCAGCAUCCAGGCGUUUGCAGACAGUGCCGCUGAGGAGGUGGCCCUCAAGUGCUCCUGCCGCCUCAAGGCCAUGAUCAUGUGCCAGGGCUGCGGGGCCUUCUGCCACGACGACUGCAUCGGCCCCUCCAAACUGUGUGUAUCCUGCUUGGUGGUCAGAUAGGCGCUUUCUCUGACGUUGCUACAGUGUUGGUGGUUUGGUGUGCCACCUUCAGCUCCAUGUAUAAACUGUUAACUAACCUAACACACCCAGGACUUGUGAGAGAAACAAGGGUGUAGGACUUAAGGCUUCGACAAGUUCCACCCUCGGAAGAGGGUGGAACACAGGCAGGGUGAUGCCUUGUAUUAUACAAUCGGUCUGUAUUUUUUGUUGCUUAUUUUUUCUAAUGCCUUUAUGAUUAUUAUUUUGUAUUAUAAUUAUUAAUGUGAAUUUACUUGGCACGGUUGAUUUGUAAAUUGUGCCUUUUUUCUUUUCUCCAAAAAACAUUUACCUCAUCUUGACACCUGUCAUCAGUUCAGUGUGAAAAUGGUGGCUGUUUAUUGUUUUUGUUUUCCUCUCUGGGGAAUUUGUUCUAGUCUUUCUUGCAAAUAAAUAUUUUUUUAAAUCAUUAAAGCAAGCAUAAAUUACA